UCUGUUUCUUUCUCUGUAAUAUUUAUAUAUAUAUCAAUAUAUAUAUAUAUGCAUACAUAUUAUAUACACAUAUAUAUAUAUAUAUAUAUACGAGUGUAUAUGCAUAUAUAAAACACGUGUUUCUCGUAUUCAUACGUUGUACGUGAUACUAGGCGCACAGUGCGAGAAAAAAAGGAAAAUAAUAACAUCGGUGCGGAAAGGAGGUUAUACGUCGUAUACGCGAGUGUGCUUCUUCGAUCCGGCGUGUCUCGUUAUAUAGCUGCAUCACUUUCCUACAGAUUUCCACGUCAAUGAAGUGUUGCUUGGCCAAUUAAACGAAACUCUCAGCAUUAAACCGAUCUAACAGAACAACUUCGAAUAUGUCGCUGCUCAGCGUCACGGUGAAGAAAGCGCGGUUCGUCUGCGAGGAAGCGGAACAAUUCAACUCGUACGUAACACUGAAGCUGCAAAAUGUGAAGUCGACGACAGUCACGGUGAAAGGGGCCAAUCCAUGCUGGGAGCAAGACUUUCUUUUCGAGACGAACGACAUGAACACGGGCCUUGUGGUGGAGGUCUGGUGCAAGGGUUUCCUGUGGGAUCGUUUCUUGGGCUACUACUACGUCCCCUUAUCGGAAGUGUCCUACAUGAAUGAGGUAACGUCUAAGCAGUGCCACGAUACAAGCAUCACGGUGUCGGCGGGGAAACAAGAACAAGAACACACACCUCCUGCAAGCACGCGAGACACGAACAGCAACACACAGCCACCAGACCUCACCAACACGGAGGGUUCCGGACAAUGGGUCAGCCUCGACUUGGAGCUCGAGAUGAGAGGUGCCGAGAUCAUCGGCACGAAAAAGCCAACUGGCCACUCGCUUCUCAUAGACUGCCGUUUGGAGCUUCCGUUCGACCCCGAGAACACGGAGGCGGCCGAUCUGCAGAGGAAGCUGGAAAUGCUGAACAACAUGAUGGACCAGGAAGCACGAGCCGAACAGGCACGACGACAGAUAUUGUACAAUAUAGGCCACUCCGGUUACUCGGAGGAUUCCGACUAUACGUCAGACCUGAAUUAUCCAGUUGGCGGACAAGGUGCAAACAGCUCGGCUUCGCAGUUUCGUACCGCUGCCAACCAAUUGGCCACCCCUCAGAGAUCCCUUGAGACCUCGAGAGAAAAUAGCUACGAGAGGGAUGAUCAUCAGAUUCCAGCCACAGUCGGAGGAAGGCUAUCUAUAAUUAAUUACGCGGGCUACAGUGGAUCAGGUCACAGUCCACGAUACGACGAACCGUAUCCCGAAGAAUGCCCACCUCAAAGGUAUUCACAGUCUCAGCACGCUUCCGAAUCUUCUGAGCCACUCUUCUACAACAGCCGGCCCAGGCAUUAUAAGGAAUACAGACGACGGAAGCAUACGUGGGAUUACGAGGACAGUCAAGACGGUUGGUAUAGCGAAGAUUACGACUAUCAUGGAACGAGAGUCGACGAAACCAAAAUCUAUAGCGAUACCGAAUAUUAUCCGAGUAGUACAACGAGUGCUUCCAGACGAAGAGGACAUCACAGAAGACCAUCUUUGGAAAGACAAAUGACUUUAUACGACGACCAUUCUUACUAUACCGAUGGAUAUAGUAGUGAUGGAAGAGUAGGGAAAAUGAGCGCCACGUAUCCUGAAUGCCAAACGGACAUUAGGUACAAUGAGUACUACGAUAGCAUCACGGGAUACGGUUAUCAAGAUGAAAGGUACGGCCAAGACGACGAGGAUAGACAAUGGGACAGUGGAGGGAAGUGGUAUCUAGGAACUAGUACCUAUUAUGAGAAUAAACGGAAUAGAAAAACGCUUCCACAGAGGCCUGCAUCUAGUAUCGGUAUUCAUCGACCCGAUUACAGACCAACGGUUACCAGACAACGUAGUUACGAAUCGGAGGAACUCAAUUAUAGUGGUUAUAGCGCUCGUCGUCGAAAACCGCUUCAACCACAACAACGACCACCGUCCAGGCAAGAAGGGACGGGUAAAAAACUACCUCCGACACCAACAAAACCAAGCAAUGUUAUUAUCAAUCGUAUGCUUGCCACAUCGAGCAGGCAACUGCCAAAGACUAGAACUCCUUCCGAGGAGAGCUAUCACAAGUCUGACUACAACGAGGACUAUAAUUACGCUUAUCGCAGCCAAGAUAAUUUACCUCAGGAUACCUAUAUUGACAGUAUAUAUAGCGAGAAAAGUGGUUACGACCAAGUGCACGCACCUGGCAAAACUCAAUACGCUGAGGAUAGUCAAUACGGGUCCAGUUACACGCCCCAGGUCGAUGACCAGUAUGAUCGUUCGUAUCAAGAGCCACAGACACAGGAUACGUACGAUCAAUCGUAUUUACAAAACUCGUAUAAGGACGAGUUUCAAAAGCCUUACGUGGAACAGAACACUCAGGUUUAUCAGGAUACGUAUCAAGAUAUAACAUAUCCGAACGCGAGCCAACCGAAUGAUCAAUACACUAGCCAACCGAACGAUCAAUACAGGAAAAUGAGCAGGGAUAUGAUAAUAGACGACAAUUACCAGGUGAUGGGUGGUUAUGAUCAGAACAACGUUCAAUAUCAGGACAGGAAGAAAGUAUCUACCUAUAAGAAUACGUAUCAAGAGCAAUACGAUGGUUACAACGUGCCGUCGAGCGUAUACGACCAAAAUAACGUGACAAAUACGUACAAUCAAUACCAACAAGAGCAAUACGAUUCUCAGUACAAUAUAAACACGUCGACUGAUUACCAGAAGACAUAUCCGGAUACCUAUAAUCAAGAAACGUACAACACAAAAGCCUAUAGCCAAGAAACUUACAAUCAGGACACGUAUAUUCAGGAUACGUAUAAUCAAGAAACGUACCAUCAGCAAGAAGAAACCUACAACCAGCAAGAUACGUACAAUCAGGUAGUGCCCAUUUCGCAAAGUAAUUACGAGGAUACUUAUAACAAACCCCAGAAGGAUUACGUUAAUUAUCAAACACCGUAUAGCAAAGAGGAGACUGUUAACAUGACGUACGAGAAUGAUUAUCAAGAUCACUAUCAAGAGCCUUACGAAGAUUCUUAUCACGAAUCUUAUCAGGAAUCGUUCGAGGAACACUACAAAGAGAGUCCAGCUGCCAGUACUGAGAGAAGAGCAAGCGAAGUUCCGGAAUUAUCGGUGACCACGCCAAGAGGUCAGACGAGAACGAAUGGAUAUCAAUCGAGCGAAUCGGACUAUUACCUAAUGUCUCAGGAAAGUCAAGACGUGUCCUCGAGAAAGAAGAAGCACGAGAAACGUGAACCUAGCCCUCUCGUCCAACAAAAUACCGAUUCCUUGGAAUCCAAAGACGACGAAUUGAAGGAAAUCGAAACUGCCGUGAGUUCUAUUAGUAGCAUUCCACAGAAGAAAGGAAUCAGCGAUUAUCCGACACCUGCUGACUCCAGUUCCGUUGCUCCUACUUUGAUCGAAUCUCCCCAAAGCAGCCUUCAACCCGCUACAACGAUGGUUAAUCACGUAACAGCCAAUCAUAUUCCAACGAGUAUGACGGUGACGGCAAUGGUUCACACAACGGGUAAUGGAAAACGAUUGACGAGAACUGAGUCGUAUCAGGAGGAAGUGAUCGAGGACGAAGAAUAUCCGGAAAUCAUACCAAAAGAACCGCAGAGAAAAGACUCGCAGUUAUCGUAUCAGAGUCAACAUUCUUCCCAGCAUAGCGUGCAUUCUCAAAAACCAAAAUUAACCAGAGGUGAUUCUUACGCCUCCGACCACUUCCCCGAGGAAUCGUACAGCAGAAGAAGUUCGUACGCGCAGUCAACGAGAAAAGACUCUUUCUCUUCAACUAUACAAGAAAACUUUAAACCACCUCUCACCAGAACAGACUCGUACCAAAACAGAGGUAGCUACGGGCAGAACUUCAGUGCUCCUCAACCUAUUUCCAGAGCUGAGAGUUAUCAGCGUGGAUACUUCAAUGACCAAAAGUCUGUGGAGGAACCGGAAGUUAGCCUGAGCAAUGCGGUGAACGACGACUACAAGAUGAGGGAGGAGUCUCUUGAAAGGUACGACGAUGAACCAAUGCUUCGUGAUUCUCGGGAGGAUUCGUUGAUGGACACGUACAAAGCUACACCGCCGAUGUCGCAUACCGAUAGUCCACGCGGAAGCAUAACGAAACAAGCGUCUUUAGAAGAAAGUGUUCAAAUGGAUACUCCACCGAGAAGUCCACCAGAACCACCACCGGAUAAGGAGCUUCUAGAGAUGGUUGGAGCUGCACCAGUGCCUACACAGUUGAAAGAAAGACCAGAGAUGACGGCAAAGCAACGAUGGCAUUGGGCGUAUAACCAAAUAGUGAUGCAACUACGGAUUUGA